CCAGGGUGCCCACUGACCAAGCACCCGCACGGCCGCCUACAGAGUCAUCGCUCGCUUACAGGCACAAACCCAAGACCCAUGAACAUCUCGUGUGUCGAGUCAGACGGCCGCAUACAUGUAAUGGGCCAUGCGCACUGCAAUCCGUACAGCCGAACAAUUUUGCGAACAGCGCUCGUCGCUUCAAUCGCUCAUGGCGCUCCUUGCUCCGCCGGGGGCUGCCGGUAUGUAUAUAAAAGCCUGACUGUUGAUUCUGCGUUCAGCUGACGAACAGUAAAUGUUCCCUGUUCUUGAUCUCGAGCAAAGGACGAAGGUGUACACCUCAACCAAUAUACGAUCACAACGAGACCAACCCCAUGCCUGAAACCAUCCAUUCACCCUGUGGGCUCGCCUUCGAGACCUGGGACGACAUCAUCGCCCUGCUCUCCUCCACCAAGGAUCUUGCGACCCUCGCCGCCUGCGCGCUCACCUGCCACGCAUUCCUCCCAGCCGCGCGCGCGCACCUCUUCCGUGUCGCCCGCCUUGACUCGCCCGCGCGCCUCGCCGCGCUCGAGACGCUCCUCGGGGCAUCCCCUGCGCUCGCCCGGAGCAUCCGCACGCUCGACGUGCGCGGGAAUCCGUCGUGUUGCGGCGGAAGCGAGUGUGGGGCCGAGGACGACGGUCAGCUGAAGCACUGCGUCAAGGAGGGCUGGUUGAGGUUGGCGAGCCGCCUGAAGCGCCUUGAGAGCGUGCGCCUGCAAGGGUUCGCGCUGAAGCCGCUGGUGGAGGUGCGGCAGGCGGGCAUUACGAACGUGUGGCUGAAGGACAUGCGAGGUGGCGGGGAUGACCUGAGGGCGUUCGUGCUUGGGUGCCCGCAGUUGACUUCGCUGUAUAUCGACGACACGGGCGAUGUCGAGCAGGACCCAGCAUCAGUAGCGCGUAUGCACCUGCCCUACGAUUCGCCUCCGUUCCGCAACCUCGAUACCCUCGUAUGGCACGUCCCCUCUCUCCCGCUGCUCAUGCAAUCUCGCCAGGCCGUCGACGCUCCUACGACGCUACCCCUCCUCGUCGCACACGCCCUCGAGUCCGGAUGUACGAUUCCCCUCCUCCGGCUCGCCGUCGGCCACAACCUACGGCUCAGCAACGCUACGCGGAGCGUAGCCAAGCAGCUCGUCGCGUCCGCAGGCGACACGCUCGAGAGCCUCGUCCUUCGGCUGGAGGACCUCGGCGAAGGUUGGCCGCCCGAGUACAUCCGCAACGCGCUCCUCCCCGAGCUCUCCGAAAACCACCGUCUGAAAUCUUUGCAUAUAUUGGCGGUGGGCUCGGCAUGGUUUGAGAUUCAUAACGGGCUGUCAGCGAUCACGUACGUUCUCUCGACGAUCCCUGCAGAGCAGGACGCGCUGGAAGACGUGGUGAUCCACCUGACGCCUUACGUUCCCCGGUCGCAACAAGACUGGAGUGUCGCAGCGUGGGUGCAGCUCGUGGACGAGAUAGCCGCGCUGAUGCAUGCACACCCCCGUAUGAAGUGUACGCUCUGCCUCGACUUCUCGUCUAAUUAUGGAGAGAGACCCAGGCCUGUGGACCAGCGUGGCAUCGCUGAGUACGUUGGUAAGCUUGUGGAUGCCAUUCCACACCGGAGGUCAGAGGAAGAGAGCGUGAAGUUGCCCCCGAGGAUCAGCCUGAUUUGGCAGACGCACUUCAGAGAUUGGGAAUGCGAGGGGGACACCUACCCGGAACGUAACUAUGUAGGAGAGGCAAUGGGGGCGCCAGAGUGGUACUACCGACUGCGCUAUGGCGCGCCAUAAAUUGACCGAGCUGUGCGCGGCAUGCACAUUCUACAUGCAGGAUUAGUCCGCUUGUAAGUUACCUGACUCGGAGGUCCUUCAGCCACUGGUAGGAGUACGAGAUAGGCCACUAAUAAACGUACAUAAUGAACCGUGUCCCGUAAAUGAUGUACCGUUUACAUAAAACGGACGAAUGAUUUUGCUUCC